GUUCUCCAAUUUACUUAUUAGAUAUGGCCUCGGAAUGCUGUGUGAACCUGACUAAAUACCUCUUGUUCCUCUUCAAUCUUGUCUUUUUCAUUUUAGGCCUGGUUAUGCUGUCUAUGGGUUUAUGGAUUCUAUUUGCUGAAACGCGCUUUUUCGGUGAGUACUUGACAGAGCUCUCCUUCAUGUCCUUGUCUCUGCUCUCGUAUCUGCUCCUGAUUGGUGGCUCUGUCACCAUGUCCCUGGCCUUCUUUGGCUGUCUCGGGUCACUGAAAGAAGUGAAAUGCAUGCUGGGAGUUUAUUUCCUCCUGCUCACCUGUCUCCUGGCUGCGCAGAUCGUGGGUGGUGUUCUUCUCUUCACACAGAAAAGUGUAUUUGAGGAUACACUGAAGCAGCAUGUGACGCAACUCAUCAAGCAGUCAGGAAAAAACGAAUCAGCGUAUGAAAGUUUUGAGAGGACAAUGGAAUUCAUUCAGGAGAAGAGUCAGUGCUGUGGGUGGGAUGAGAGCUCAGAGUGGGAGAAGACGCCUUGUUCCUGUUACUACAAUAGCUACAACAGCACUCUGAAUGUCACCAACACUCAGCCAUGUGCCUGCGACAGCGAUUUCACUCAGUGUCAGGUUUUUGACAGGGGCUGCGGAGAAGUUAUCAAGGAUUGGGUGAAGGGGAACAUGUGGAGUAUCAUAGGGGUGAUUAUAGGCACAGCUGUUAUCGAGGGUCUGCAGUGGGUGUUCCUGCUGACCUUCUGCUGUCUCAAACGAAAACCUCGGCUUUGCUGCCCUGUGAAAACAAGAGACAGCCAUGUUCAGCUCUCCAGGUCUCUGAGUGCUUGGUUCUGUGCAGUGGUGUUGUGGCGGAUCAUUCAUGUGAAAAACCGGUUUCUCACAUCAGCGGCCCUGGCUCUGAGGUGCAAUCACUGUGUGAACAUUAACCAGGAGAAUCCGUCCUGCGACACGGUGGAGGAGAGAGAGUGUGGGAUGAACUUCAACAACUGUGCCAGAAUCACCAUGCACCCCCCAGCCUAUGGGGAGGUGCGUAAGUGUGCCACAGACACGGAGUGCGCGGCCAAAGUGCCCAGUCUGGUGGAGAAGCAUUGCUGCAAUACAGAUCUGUGUAACUGA